AUGCUCCCCAGACCACUACUGACAAAAACAUUCGGCCUCACCUACCGCAAGAUCCCCGUCGUAGCCAUCGGGAAAGACAUCUACUGCGACACAUCCCUCAUCAUCGAAGCCCUGGAGCACUUCUUCCCCACAAAAGAGGGCUAUGGCAGCGUAUACCCACCCAUCCAAGGCUGGAACUACAAAGGUCUCGCACGAGGCUUCGCAAGCUUCUGGAUAGACCGCCCCUUCUUCCGCACAACAACCGGCCUCAUCCCCCCCUCCGUCUGGACCUCCCCUUUCGGCACCGACCGCGGCCAGCUAAUCGGGCACCCUCUCGAUCCCGCUAAACUCGCAGCUAAAAUCCCGCAAAAUCUUGGGGCGUUCGAAACGCACCUAUCGCUGCUAGAGCCCACGCUCUGCUCUACUGACAAGUGGCUGUUCCCCACAGAGACACCGAGUCUCGCGGACGUAGCGUUCUACUACCAGCUAAAGUGGGGCACGGACAUUGCGAAGGGGAAGGGCGUGUACGACCUCACGGGCGGGAGUGUGGGUGAGGACGGGCAGGACGUCGCUCAGGUUGUGUUUAACGAACAUCGAUAUCCUGGCGUGUGGAGAUGGUUUCACCGCUUCGAAGCACACGUCGCUUCGCUGCCCGAUCUGCAAACGGAGAUCGAGCCUGAGGACACUACUUGGAAAUCCGCAAUUCGCGAAAUCCAAGGGAAGCGGGGGUUGGGACUUGUUCCUCCGGCUACGGCACCCAAUGACGAGUUAGAUGGGAAGAGGGGGAUCGUGGAGGGGGCGCUUGUUAGUGUUGUGCCGGAUGAUACGGGGAGGGGGAAUCCUACUCUGGGACGGCUGGUGGAAGUGGGUGUCGAGGAGGUGGUCAUUCGACCAGAGGAGAAGGGGGAGGUGGAUGUUGAUGUGCAUUUCCCGAGGGUUGGGUUUGUGGUUAAAAGGGUGGAGGGCAGUAAAUUAUGA